ACUCUGGAACUUGUUGCUGUCGCUGGGCGGGCCCUAUUGAUGUUGUACGCUUAGGCGGGGGGUGUAAUUCUGGGGGAGGAAAAUCGAGUGAAGGGAGUUACAGCCUCAACGCUAGGCGUUUCGAGAUAUGAGAUUAGACUCUCCUUUUCUUUUACGUCCUUUCUGAAAACACAAAACGAGGGCUGAUUACUUUGGCAGGCGAAACAACGCUUGCGAUUCUGUUUAAGGACGACUUUUAAACCCCCCAGUGUGCAUGCACGGUUUCCCUACCGGUCGGCAAGUUACUGAGAGUGUGCCAGAGAAGAGGGAAACGGGUAACCCCAGGAAAGAGGGAUGGUGGACAAUUCCGGUAGCAGCAAGGCGCAAAUGCCCAGUAUGUCUCAGGAGGGUGGUCUGGGGGCGGGCGUGAAGCUGGAGGCUGUGAUGGAGCAGCUCCAGCGGCAGCAGCAGGCGCGUCUGGAGAUGGAGCGCAAGGAGCGGCAGCUGCGCGAGGCCCACAUCAUGUACGCCCAGCAGAUGGCCGCCCAGCAGGCCAUCCUGGCCGCCGCACGCGCCCAAGGCGCCAGCUUCAUGGGCAAGGGUCUAAUGCCCGGGGCCAUGGCUCUGGCUCUGGCUGGUGCUGGAGGUGGUGCUGGAGGUGGAGGUGGUGGCGCUGGUGGAGGAGUGUUGUCGCGGAUGUCCAACCAGAGCAGCGUGGACUCGGAACGCGAGGACGAGGAGGACGGCCGCGGCGGGCGAGACUCCGGGGACGACGAUGAGGAGGACGAGGAAGACGAUGAGAUGAUGGAGGGGGACGAGGGGAGUGAGGGGGAGGGAGAGGAAGAGCGAGGAGGUGCUGGAGGACCAGGGGGAGUGGGCUCAUCCUCCUCCUCGGCGGCUGCUGCUGCUGCGGCGGAGGCGGGGCUGGAGUACCUGAGGAAGCAGACACUGGCUCUUCAGCAGGGGAUCCCACGCUUGCCCCCCAGGCCUUACAGCAGUUACGCUGUGGCGGCCCCCGGCCCCGGGCCCCCGAGGGCCCCCUCGCCCCCUGUCAGAGUGAAGCAGGAGCCAGAGGAGAGCCUCUCGCCGGCAGAACCCCACUCGGCCGCCUCCCCCAACGGACAGGCUGACUGGAGCUACGACGAUCAAUUCAAGCAGAAUGGAGGUGCAGCGUGGGCGGAUGACACAGACAGUCCAAAGGGAAGAGGGGAGGCCUCCAGAGACUUCACUAAGCUUUAUGAGCUGGACAGCGACCCCCAAAGAAAGGAGUUUUUGGACGACCUCUUCGCCUUCAUGCAGAAAAGAGGGACUCCAGUGAACCGCAUCCCCAUCAUGGCCAAGCAGGUCCUGGACCUGUACAAGCUCUACAAGCUGGUCACUGAGAAAGGAGGCCUGGUGGAGGUCAUCAACAAGAAGAUCUGGAGGGAGAUCACCAAAGGCCUCAACCUGCCCACCUCCAUCACCAGCGCUGCCUUCACGCUCCGCACACAAUACAUGAAGUACCUGUACCCAUUUGAGUGUGAGCGCAAGGGGCUGAGCUCCCCCAACGAGCUGCAGGCGGCCAUCGACAGCAACAGGCGUGAGGGCCGGCGGCCCAGUUACAGCAGCAGCAUGUUCCGCUUCUCCCCGUCGCCCAGCGGCGCCCCGCACAUCCUCUCCCCUCCCAAGAUGCACUUGGGCACGCUGGGCGCCGGUGCCGCGGGGGCGCUCAAUGGCCUGCAGGCCUCCCACGGCGCCUCGCUCAAGAAAGGAGUCGGAAUGCUGACCCAGCCCCUCUCCUUUACAUAUAAUGACACACAGAGGUCCACGUUCAGAGAGGACAUGGCCUCCAUGCUAGCGGCCCGACCCCCGCUGGCUCUAGCCUUGGGGCAGCAGCAGUUGGGCGGCCUGGCGCGCGCCACGACCCUGGAGCAGCUGCGUGAGAAGCUGGAGACGGGCGCGGCGGCGGCGGGCCUGGGCGGCAUGGCAGGGUUCGGCGGGGCGAUGGCGGCGGCGGCAGCAGCGGCAGCAGGGCUGGGCGAGGGCCCCGAGAGGAAGAUGGCGCGGCUGGCAGAGGAGCAGCAGAGGCUCCUGCAGCAGGCCUUCCAACACAACCUGCUGGCCAUGGCCUCACAGGUGCCCAUGAACAUGCGCCUGGGCAACAUCAGAGCUGAUGACAAGCAGGACCUCUCUCUCAGCAUCAGCACCUCUGGAGCCUCCAGCAUCAGUGUGUCUGUAGAGGUCAAUGGAACUCUAUACUCAGGAACGCUGUUUGCCCAAAAGUCUGCUGCACCGGCCGUGUCUGUGGCCUCCACAGUGACCUCUGCUGGCCCAAGUGGAAACUUCACCUUCCCCUCCAGCCACAGCCACAGCCCCAUCUCCAGCUCCUCCUCCAAGGGGCCCAGCUCAGCAGAGCCCUCCUGCAGCGGCUCCCCCUAGUCUGGGGAGGCCCCUCACCCGCUGCCCUGGCUCCCCCUUCGGCCCAGUACAUCAUUUCUAUAUGAAAAGGAAAAAAAAUCGAAACUGUUGCACAACCAGUACCUCAAUGCUCCUGUCGACCUUGGCUGUCCACACACACAGACACACACACACACACACACACACACACACACACACACACACACACACACACACACA